AUUUUGCUGACCCGGCACCCAGACUCAUUUUAAAGCGCUUGAGACGCCUGGCCUUCCCCGUUGCCUCCUAUGAGGAGCGCUCUCUCACAACCUCCUCACAGAAAGGGGAAAAUGGCCUCCAAAGCAACCAGGAAAUCCCUUCUCCGGGCAGAGGAAGGGGAAGUCCGGCGCUUUUUCAAGCGGGAGUCGCUGAAUGGCAACGUCGGCGUCUGAGGCGGACGGAGAGGAGCAAAGCCGAGGCGGCGGCAGCGGCAGCGGCCGAAAUGGCGGCUUCCUUUUGGUCAUUUCUCAGGUUGCUGUGCUCCUUGAUUAUCCCUGCACUGAUACUUAGUGUAGUAUUAUGUAUCUGCCUGUUCCUGUUCCUGUGGGGUAUACGGUUGUGGCUCCAACAAAGGAAAAAGAAACAUUUACUCCUAGGGAAAGAUGGGAAAAGGCCACAUGUGGUUGCCUUUUUUCACCCAUAUUGUAAUGCAGGUGGUGGAGGAGAGAGAGUCUUAUGGUGUGCUCUACGAGCACUGCAGAAUAAGUACAAAGAUGCUUCUUAUAUUAUCUAUACUGGUGAUACUGAUGUCACAGCUGAGAAUAUUCUCCAAGGUGCUUACAGGCGAUUUAACAUCAGAUUAAAUCAACCAGUGAAGUUUGUGUUUUUGAAAAAGCGUUAUCUUGUGGAAGCUUCCCUUUACCCGUAUUUCACGCUGCUGGGACAGAGCUUAGGGUCGGUGGUUCUGGGCUGGGAAGCUCUUAUGAAUUGUGUUCCUGAUGUUUAUAUUGACUCCAUGGGUUAUGCCUUCACACUUCCUCUCUUUAAAUACUUGGGAGGUUGUCGAGUAGGAUGUUACGUUCACUACCCUACCAUUAGUACUGAUAUGCUUUCUGUGGUUAGAAAUAAGAACGCCAGAUUUAACAAUGCCGCCAUCAUUACAAAAAAUCCCGUGUUAAGUAAACUGAAACUUGUGUAUUACUAUCUUUUUGCUUUUGCAUAUGGGUUAGUUGGGUCUUGCGCUGACGUUGUCAUGGUUAAUUCUUCAUGGACACUUGGUCACGUUGUUUCCCUUUGGCAUUGUGGCAUCUACCCAAAUGUUGUCUAUCCCCCGUGCGACGUUCAGACAUUCCUGGAUAUACCUCUGUGCAAGGAAAAGAGCACCACAGAGCAUACUAUUGUUUCAGUAAGCCAGUUCAGGCCGGAGAAGGACCACCCUUUGCAGAUCAGAGCCUUUGCUAAGUUGUUGGAAAAGACUGCAGGGCAGCUGCCGCCACCAAAACUUAUUCUGAUUGGAGGCUGUCGUAACCAAGAAGACGACCAACGUGUAAAUGGACUUAAAAAGCUCUGUCAAGAACUGGGCAUUGAGGAAAGGGUGGAAUUCAAAGUUAACAUUCCAUUUGAAGAGCUGAAGACUCAUCUAGGAAAUGCUACCAUUGGUCUUCACACCAUGUGGAAUGAACACUUUGGAAUCGGAAUUGUCGAAUGCAUGGCAGCAGGCACAAUCAUCCUCGCUCACAAUUCUGGAGGCCCCAAACUGGACAUUGUGGUGCCCUACGAAGGGAACAUUACUGGAUUUCUGUCCGAAAAUGAAGAUGACUACGCAGACACUAUGGCUCGUAUCUUUUCGUUGUCUCCUGCAAAAAGACUGGAGAUCAGACAAAAUGCUCGUCAUUCUGUAAAGAGGUUUGCUGAACAAGAAUUUGAGGAAACAUUCCUGUUAUCAGUGGAACAGUUAUUUAAAUAAAUUUGUUGUUUUUUAAUGUAUCUGGA